AUGUAAAUUAAAAUAAAAUACUGAGGAAUUGUUUUGACUCCCAAGAAAGGGAAAACUGUUAGUGAUACUCUUAAGACGCACGCUGUACGGACCGGAGAAAAUAUUGCCGAAAACAUCCGAAUACCAUCUGAGGGGGACGCGGCACGUUCGGCGGACGCGGGAACGGCGCCUUUUGGAGGCUGGAGGACCAACGGCGGGAAAAAGACCCCCCUCCACGAUGAUGAUGAUGAUGAUGGCGAAGAUGAAGACCAAGAUGGAGAUUCCAAAUGGUGUCUUUGCCUCAUCAGGUGAAAGUCGGUGAGAGAACCCGCCAGAGCCGAGCGGCCAGCUCCCACUGGCCCCGCCCGUACCCCAUGGUGGCGCCGAGGCCGGCCUCUCGCCUCCCGCUGCUCUUGGCUGUCCUGGCCUGCACGGGGCCCGCUCGGCCCUCGCCCCCCCUGCUGCUGCGGCCCCGGGAGAGAGAGAGGGACUCGGGUGGCGUCAACAUCGCCGUGGUCCACUCUGGAUCCUCCCUGCUCCCGGAGACGGCGGCGGGGGGCGCGGGAGCCGGAGAGUCGGGCCCGGGAGGCGGCGGCGGCGGCGAAAGGGGCGCGAUGGACACGGCCUCCCUGGCGGCCGCCGCCGUGGCGUUCUCGUCCUCGCUCUCGGCGGCGUCGUCCUUGGCGGCGCUGGUCGGGGAGGCGGUGAUGACGCCGUCGGGCCAGGCCAACGUCAUCUACCUGGCGGUGAACGAGAGCAGCCCGGGGAGCCUCCUGCUGCAGCUGUGCGAGUUGCUCGCCACCACGCCGUUGCAGGGUUUGGUGUUUGAGGAGGAGAGGCCGCCGCCCCCCAAUCGCGCCCCCCUGGCGCCAAUGCUGGAGUUCAUCUCGGCGCAGACCGGCGUUCCCGUGGUGGCGGUGGGAGGCGGCGCCAGCCUGGGACGAGAGCCGCAGGAGAGCGGCUCCAUCUACCUGCAGUUCACCUGCUCGACGGCGCUGCAGCUGGAGGUGAUCUUCGAGGUCCUGGAGGAGUACGACUGGACGUCCUUCUCGGUGGUCACCACGCGCCACCACGGCUACGAGGACUUCCUGGACAUGGUGGAGGGCAUGACGGACGGCUCCUUCAUCGGCUGGGAGAGGAAAAGCGUGGUCGUCCUCAACGUCACCGACGACCCCGGGGGCACGCGCACCAAGCGCGUGCUCAAGGACAACGAGGCGCAGGUGCGUUUGCUGUACUGCUCUUUGGAGGAAGCGGAGUUGGUGUUCCGGGCGGCCUGGGCGUCGGGCCAGGCGGGCCCCAGCCACAUGUGGUUCGCUGUGGGCCCGGCGCUGUCCGGCCUGGGUCUGGAGGGACUCCCCAAGGCCCUGUUCGCCAUCCGGCCUCAGGGAUGGAGGGACGAGCCUCGCAGGCGCAUCGCCAAGGGCGUGUCGGUGCUGGCCCACGGCGCCAUGGCCCUGCGGCGGGACCUGGGGGCCGGCGGCCGGGCGCAGUACGCCGGAAACUGCCAGACCGACGGCAACAACACGCAGCGAGUGGCCGACAAGAUCCGGUACUUCACCAACAUCUCCAUAGGUGGGCGGGACUACUCGUUCAACAACGACGGCUACUUGUCCAAUCCCUUGCUGGACGUCAUCUCCUACAAUAAUGGGCGGGGCUGGGAGGAGGUGGGCUGGUGGGAGAACGGCCACCUGCGCUUGCGCUACCACCCGUGGUCCCGCUACGGCUCCUUCCUGAAGCCGCUGGACGACGCGCAGCACCUGCGAGUGGUCACCCUGGAGGAGCGCCCCUUCGUCAUCGUGGAGCCCGCCGACCCCGGGACCAGCUCCUGCAUCCGGGACUCGGUGCCCUGCCGCAUGCCCCUCAACUCCAGCUUGUUGGUGGACGGCGUGUCUCCCAUGAAGCAUUGCUGCAAAGGCUUCUGCAUCGACGUCCUCAAGAGGCUCGCCAAGAUCGUGGGCUUCACCUACGACCUCUACCUGGUCACCAACGGGCGCCACGGGAAGAACAUCGACGGCGAGUGGAACGGGAUGGUGGGCGAGGUGGUCUCCAACAGGGCCGACAUGGCCAUCGGCUCGCUCACGAUCAACGAGGAGCGGUCGGAGGUGGUGGAGUUUUCCGUGCCCUUCGUGGAGACGGGCAUCAGCGUCAUGGUUUCCCGUAGCAACGGCACCGUCUCGCCCUCCGCCUUUCUCGAGCCGUACAGCCCGGCCGUGUGGGUGAUGAUGUUCGUCAUGUGCCUGUCGGUGGUGGCCGUCACCGUCUUCAUCUUCGAGUUCUUCAGUCCGGUCGGUUACAACCGCAGCUUGCAGAGCGCCAAAAAGUCGGGCGGCUCCAAGUUCACGAUCGGCAAGUCGGUUUGGCUCCUGUGGGCGCUGGUCUUCAACAACUCGGUGCCUGUGGAGAACCCCCGAGGAACCACCAGCAAGAUCAUGGUUCUGGUGUGGGCCUUCUUCGCCGUCAUCUUCUUGGCGUCGUACACCGCCAACCUGGCCGCCUUCAUGAUCCAGGAGGAGUACAUCGACACCGUGUCGGGACUCUCCGACAAGAAGUUCCAGCAGCCCACCGAGCAGUACCCGCCCCUGCGCUUUGGGACGGUGCCCAACGGCAGCACGGAAGAGAACAUCCGCUCCAACUAUCCCAACAUGCACCAGUACAUGAUCCGCAACAACCAGAAGGGCGUCGAGGAGGCCAUCGACAACCUGAAGACGGGUAAAUUGGACGCGUUCAUCUACGACGCCGCCGUGCUCAACUACAUGGCCCGGAAGGACGAAGGCUGCAAGGUGAUGACCAUCGGCUCCGGGAAAGUCUUUGCCACCACCGGCUACGGCAUCGCCCUGCACAAGAACUCCCGAUGGAAGCGACCGCUGGACCUGGCGCUUCUGCAGCUGGUGGGAGACGAUGAGAUCGACAUGUUGGAGCGUCUUUGGCUGUCGGGAAUCUGCCACAACGACAAGAUCGAGGUGAUGAGCAGCAAGCUGGACAUCGACAACAUGGCGGGCGUCUUCUACAUGCUGCUGGUGGCCAUGGGCCUCAGCCUGCUGGUCUUCGCCUGGGAGCAUUUGGUCUACUGGAAGCUCCGGCACUGCGUCAAGCGCUCCGGCGGCAUGGACUUCCUCUUGGCUCUCAGCAGGGGCAUGUACAGCUGCUGUCAGUUUGAGGACGAGACCGCGCCGGGAAGCGGUAAGAGUUCCCUGCCGCAGUACCACACGGUGCCCAGCAUGCCCACCGUGGCCCAGCAGCACCUGGUGACCGCCACGGUCAACAACACCACCGCCAUCGCCAUGGUGCAGCAGCAGCAGCCGCCGCCCAAGCACGCCCCAAAGCAGCCGCAGGGGCAGACGUACACCACCAUCCUGCCGGGAUCGCCGCCCCCCACGGGGCAUUCGGCCACGGCGCUGGGACCCUCGAACAGCCCCCUCUUUGAAGGCCCCAUGCCCUGCUCCACCUUCCUGCCCCGCCACGACCGCAGACUGGCCGUGGUGGAUCGCUGGAACAGGCCCAAGCCAGAAAAGGUCCUGAGCGGCGGCAGCGGUGCCAGUCUGGGAAUCGGAGGUAUCGCGGGGGGCAUCACUGAACUCCAGGCGCAGCAGCAGUAUCAGCAAAACCUGGGACAGCACUGGAAACUGCAAGGGGCGGGCGACAACGGACUGGAUGAGUACAAGCGGUACUACGGUCCGAUAGAUCCGGAGGGGCUCGGCGCAAACUCAGACCAACAGGUCGGAGGCAGCCAACAGACACCUAAAGCUAAUCCCAGAGGUCCCCGAGCCGCCGCAAUGUUGAGGCCCCCGCCCAAAGGCCCCGGACCCUUUAUCAGUAAGCCACCGCCUCCAAUGCUGUCCUCGCCACGGAGGCCCCCCUUCUGGCGGCGUGGAAGUCUCGCUCAGGGGAGGAGGAAGAGCUCGGGGGGUCCUCUGUACGAAAACAUCCUCCCGCUGGGGAGGAGAGGAGGUGGCAGGUACGGAGCGAAUGAUCUCAUGGGGAGGAGGGGGCGCCGUCCUCCCCCACCUCCUCCUCUGCCAGUGCCCCUUUUGUCGCCAACGCACACUCCGACCACUCCCUCGUCGCCGUGCCGCUUCUACUCCACCUGCUCCAGCGCCUCAUCAUCGUCCUCGUCGUCCUCGUCCACGUCGUCGUCCUCCUCGUCGUCCGUCUCUGUCUCCCGCUCAAAUUCUCCUUCUUCCUGCUCCAGUGACAGCUCCUACAACUCCUCCUUAAGUUUCCGCUACCGUGCGGGUGAUCGGGAAUUUACAGUGGAGGACGACUACGACUCAGAUCUGCUCACUGAAGAGUCCAGUCUCCUCCUGGGCUCCCGCCGGAAGGUGCGCUCGCGUCGCAUGUCGUCGCGCUCACUGCCAUGUAGCCCGCCGCCACCCCCGAUUCCGCCGCGCAAGCCGCGUCCGCAGAGGGACUACGGGCGAGAGCGAAGAAGCAGCCAGCUGGCGCAGUUGCACGAGUGGUGGGCGUCGUGGGGCGACAGGGAAAGGGGAAGGUUAGGGACCGCCAACCCCGGAGAGGCGCUCGGGUUUAGAGAAGACAAAAGGCAGCGCAAGGAAAGGGAACGCGAGAACAAGAGGAGGAAGAAAGGGAGAAAGAAGAAGAAGAGGGAGGAAAGGGAACGGGAGAGGGAGCGAAAGCGCCGCAAAGCCAAGAAAAAGAAAAAGGACGACAAGGUGAGGAAGAAGGAGAGAAAGAAGUCGGAGCAGGAGGGAAGAGACCCCGAGAAGCGGGAGGAGGCCAAACCAGAAACGCCAGACUACCCGUCGUACCUCCACCUGCGGAGGGAAUCCUUCCGCAAAAAGAGCGAGAGCUCCAUCCGGAGUUACGGGUGGAACAUCCCAGCUGAGGACGACAGGAAGAAUCGGGAAGAAAAAGAGGACGGCGACGACGGCCGAGCGAAAGAACGGCAGCACAGGCGCAGGAACAGCAAACACCACCAGUCGUCCAGCAAUAAGCCGCCCACGUCCGUCAAGUUUUGGGCGGGAAACCUCUCGUCCGACGCCAUCCCGUCGGCCUUCCUGCCAUUGCUGCCCGUCGCCUCGAAGAGGAGGAAGAGCAAAAGCUCGGACAGGGAUGCCGUCGGGAUAGAAGGGGAGAGGAAGCCGCUGCUGGGCCGGGACGGGAGAGGCGAGCUGCCUUCCAAGGAAGGUUUGUCGUUCCACGAGUGGGAGUCAGACUUGGAGGAAGACGAAGAGUCUGAGCAAGAGCAAAGGAAAGGCGAGCACGCAAAGAGGCCAGGCAGGAAAAUCUCCGACGAGGACGGAGACCGGGAUAAGGUUGGCGGGAUAUACUCCGACGACGAAGGCUCUUCGGGAGAGUUCGGCAAGUUCGAGAGGUACUGGGAUGAUCACGACGGCAGAGCUGUGGGCGGGAUCGGUGGAGGGGGCUGGUUUUUUAGCACCUACCCCUCCAGGGAGAAAGCGGGUAGCAUCAACAGCAGAGAUGACUUGUUCCUGGAAAGAGGGGACAGGUGGGGGACCGGAGAAAGUAGCUGGGGGUGGGGGCUGGGCUCGCACUGGCCGCCGUCUCCGCUCACGCCGCCCCCGCCGCGCCGUUACUGGUCCGUCGACAAGCUUCACAUGCAGGACGAGAAGAAGACGAAGCGGCGGUCCAAGGACAAAGGCAGAGGCCACACGGCGUGUUCAUCCUGCCACUCCCCUCAACGCCAUCCGCAUUCCCAUUCUUCCAAGUGGGCUCGCAUCACCUCACGCAGCCAAGAAGAGCUCUACCGCCAUUGCCAGAGUUUCGGCGGCACCCCGAAGCCCAAGCACGACUCUUCGUCGUCCUCCAAGCCGGAUCGCUCGCAGAACCCCUCCAAGUCGGGGAGCCAGUCGAACCUGAGCAUCCAGCAGCGGACGCAGAGAUCGGACAGGGGGAGACUUCCUUCCCCGCCUUCCGCCCUCAUUCCCAAUCUGCCAGCCCCCCUUCCCGCCCUACCGGCCCCUCCAUCCUCGGCGCACCCCAUCCACGCUCCUCCACUGACGUCCUCCUCCUCGGUGUCCUCCCCCACCCUGGUGUCGUCCACCCCGGGCGCCCCCCAGCCUUCCUCCGUGGCUUCGGCGAGUGCUAAACUGCAGUACCAGAGGCUGCGCUCCGUUCCUCCGCCCCAGAGGUUUCCUCAGUCUCCUCACGUGCCCCUCAAAGCCAAGGCCCUCUGCUCUCGGAGGGGCUCGACCCAUUUCUCCAGCGUGGAGAGCGAGGUCUGAUGUUCGGGGCCGCCCCCGUCACAAGGGGCCGUUCCGUUUCCUCACCGAGUCCUUUUUUCUCCGAGGCUCUGCACAAAACGACCACGCAGCCGAACAAGCCCCGACGCGAGGGGUCCGGAGGAAAACUGGAGCCGAUGGAAGUGGGGCAAUCAAUCUUGUGGGGGAGGCUGAAGGACACUCCUUUGCUACAGACACGAAAGGGCUUUGGGUGUCGGGAGCAGGGGAGUCGUUUGUAUUCAUCGCGCAUUCUGAGGGCUCAGGAACUUUGUCGUACGCCCGCUGCUCCUGCAAGCCUUUAGCGCUCUUUAACUUCUUUCCCCCCUCCCAACAAAUCGCUUAGCCCCACUUUGCCCCUUUCCCCCGCGAGAACUGUUUACAUUCCCGCAGAACUGUGAUGACUCUUCCUCCCGCACGGGCGAAACCGUUCCCCGUCCGGGCCCGGGGAGGAGGCUGACGUUUCGUCUUCUGUUUUCCUGGUUUGCGUUUCCCGUUCCUCUAGAACGUCCCCCCGCCCCCCCCUAGCUUUCCUCCUCCGCUCGCCGUGCUUCUCGUGAGUCUGCGCUUUUUUUCUGUCUUUGUACUCUUGACAACAGGGUAAGUCAACCGCGACUGACGUUCCGCUGGCUUAAUGAAAAGCUGAGUGCCAAACUCCACAUCCAUUUGUAUCCCGUUAGCUGCCCGCUACCCCCGUCACACGCACACUUAAAGGGCACACAGACGCUCACGCGCUCGGACUUACGUCUUUAUUUUUUUCGGGUUUUUCCGUUUCCAGAGCAAUACAUCAUUCGUUUUUUUUCCGACGCCUUUGCGUUUACUCCUGUGUUGUCGUCGUCGUUAUCGAUGUUGAUCUAUAUAAAUCUACAGUAUAUAUCGAGAAAUGUAUUGAGUCUUAAUACGAUGUAAGCACUGUGCCAUUCGACCCGUGGAACAUUCCGCCAACUACCUAGCGCAAGAUCGGCAGCAGAAGCCGCGUCCCCCGCCCAUCCACCCCCCCCCCCCCCGCCCCUCCGCGUAUUCACUGAAUGUAAAGGGGACGAUUAACACGCUUGACGGUGAAGAUGUGGGAUCAAUUGACACGUACGCUAACCUCGACGAGGUGCGUCUGUUUUUAGUCGUGGGCGAGAGACCUCCGCCCCCCCCUAACCCUAACCCUUAUCCCAACCCUAACCCUAAUCAUAAACAAAAUCCUUACUGCUUACCCUGCCUCUUCCCUCUAAGCUAACCCUUAUCUUUAAACCUAACCCGAUGCCCCAGGCCCUAACCCGAUCCCCCAGGCCCUCACCCUAACCCGAUCCCCCAGGCCCUAACCCUAUGCCCCAGGCCCUCACCCUAACCCGAUCCCCCAGCCCCUCACCCUAACCCGAUCCCCCAGGCCCUCACCCUAACCCGAUCCCCCAGGCCCUAACCCUAUGCCCCAGGCCCUCACCCUAACCCGAUCCCCCAGCCCCUCACCCUAACCCGAUCCCACAGGCCCUCACCCUAAUCCUUAACCCGGCCCCUCGAGAUGGUUUUCAUACGUGAUCAUAUCCAAACAUUCGCAUCUCUCGAGCACGCCAACGAGCCUCUCUUUUGCUCGUUGGUGGUACGUGUUCGACCAGGACCGCAGGCUGUUGCAGGGAAAUGUUGUGUGAGUGUAGCCUGAUGAGAAGCGCUGAUACCACUCGUCCGAAGGAUUAUGUAUGAUUUACGUGUUUAUAAUCCCACGUCUGGGCUAAUUUGGAUUGUUAAUUGCCGUUGUGAUGUCAAGAGGGACAGUGCCUAUGUCGGAUGCUGGCUAGCGUCGGCGUCGGCCGGAACGUGCAACACAGCAGCGCCUCCUGUUGUGCACUUUUUAAAAACCUUUCUCACCUUUCAAAACGAUCCGUUUGUUUUUUUUUUUUUUUUUUUUUUUAUUUUUAAGGCCGUCAGCAAACUGACAACCAGCAGCCAAACUCCAGAAGCAAAUAAGAAGAAUCCACGCCGCUAGCCCUUAGCCGCUAGCUGCGCACCUCCCGCCAUCGACCUUGAGCAUUUACGGACGCGCGCGGAGCGCUUAAUGCGCUCCUCUUUCGCGUAACAUUUUCAGCUUGCCUGAAACUGCAUCUGAGCCAUUAUUUACUCCAACCAGAAAAAAAACAUUUCAAGGAGUUGAUCUGCCUUUUCGCUAGCAAGCUAAAUCUACUUCUAUAUACCUUCAUGCGUCGCAUAGUACGUGUUUGUGCCAGUGGGUUGCGUGAACAAUCUUGUUGAUUUCCCCGCUGUGGUUUCGACGGCGAAACGCGUGGACCUCCGCCAAGGCUGAAACUAUUCAAUUGGAAAUCUUCAGAGAAUGUUGUCCUUAAAGGGGAAAUCCAGUCCUUUGCAUGAACAGUGUCUCCAAUAUGUCAUGUAAUACGUCAUUUAAGUCAAUUUAACGUUUAAUAGAUUUUUAUCGACAAUUACGAAUGUUCAGGGGCGCUGCCAUUUUCGCGAGUCACAUGACUUACGUGCGCGGACGUGACGUGUACCGUGCCGCAACAAAGGCUCGAUUACACGGGACACCGUUUAUGCCGAGUUCCGAUUUCUCGUAUUUCUCCUCAUCUGAUGAAGAAAUAGCAGUAUCGGUUCAUCGAGAAGACGGAUGAAUACUUCCAUACAGAUUUGAACCCGUGGCAUUAAUUAAUGUUGAAUAUUCGGAUGGUUAUUCGGGCGGAAUGACGCGGAGUCUGACGGGGGGAGCUCCGGCACCAGGCCGCGAGCCGAGCUUCCAGGCGGUGGAGGCCGUUAGCCCCGGACGCCGAAGCUCGGCUAACGGCCUCCCCGGACGCCGAAGCUCGGCUAACGGCCUCCCCGGACGCCGAAG